CUCCCCCAAUCCCUUCAAUACACACCUACACACAUACACACUUAAACAACACCAUGAAAACCUCAAACAAUGGCCAAGUUAUUGGCAUUCCAAUCUCCUACUCCUCUUCCUCUCUUCUCAAGAAAACUAGAAAAGAUUCACUCUUUACUUGGAUGAACAAGUUCAGCAAAACAAUCAAAGAUCAUGUGGCUGUAGGAGAAGUAGAAAGAGCAUUCAGGAAGAGCUUUUCAACAGGGAAAAGAGAGAAGUUGGUGAAGACCAUGCAGUGUUAUUUAUCAACCACUUCUGGUCCAAUUUCUGGGAUGCUUUUUAUCUCAACUGAUAAAAUAGCAUUUCACAGUGAGAGAUCCAUCACUGUCACUUCUCCAACUGGAAAUCUGAUUAAAGUCCCCUACAAAGUUUUGAUUCCAUUGAAUAGAAUUAAGAGAGUGAAUCCAAGUGAGAAUUCAGAGAAACCUGGGCAGAAGUAUGUGCAGAUAGUAACUGUUGAUGAUUUUGAGUUUUGGUUUAUGGGUUUUGUUAGUUAUCAGAAAUCUACCAAGAAUUUGAGAGUGCAAGAUGUUGUUGUUGGUCUAUAGUUUUUUCUUUUGUUGUUGUUGUUUUUUUUUUGUUUGUUGUUGUUGAUGAAGGUGUUCUUGUUUUUUGUUUGUGAUUUGUAUUGAAAUUACUCUCUAUUUUUAAAGAAGAGUAAGUUCAAUACUUGUUCUUA